ACGGACUAGGUGUGGCUCUCGUAUGCACUGGUACCCGUGUACGUACUGAUCUCACUUCACAGUAAAAAAGUGUCUCUUACCUAGCCUAGCUCUAUCGCUACCUCAUCUGUAUAACCCGCACAAGGCCUGGAAGAGAUAUACAAGACAGCCGCUAUAAGAGUACUCACUUCGUUGUAGCUAGGAAAAUAGCCUGGCAGUAGUCAAGAUCAGAAGAUACUCAAUUGAUUUCUGACACUGACUGACUGAGAAAUGGGAGAUUCGUGGUCUUGUUUAUCAUGUUUAGGAGCUGAGGAGGCCCCACCACCUCGUAGAAGAAAAAUCGAUAAAUCUUUGAUAGGACUCCCUACAGAUUUCCACCAUACGGGACACAUUGGGAGCAGUGACUUUGGUACUGUAGAUUUAAGUAACGUGCAAUCGCAAAUGCAGUCCAAAGGCGGCUCAGAAACAGGCACAACCAUCCCGGAAUCAAUUACACCUACUGGGAAAUUUGUGGGCAAUCACACGCAAUAGUACAAUGAAGCUUUAUAUAUAAUAAAACAAGACAGUGCAAAAUGUAUUAUUGUAUUUGAUUGUCAUCAUUUCUGGAUCUAGAAACUAGUGACAGAUUUUACCAGCCCACUAUAAACGUUCGUCUCUUUAACCAAACUCUUUAGGAUGUGUAGUUUUUGUGUUUUCAUUAUUUCUGCUGCUCUUUACGGAGCGAUUAUUCUAAUUUGGGCCACUGUGUGUGUGUACAUGUAUUUUUUUCAUCUAUAAGCAAAAUCUUGUUAAUUAUUAGUUUAUUUACUAGCACUUCAAUUAAUUUUAGUCAAUGUUAGUGUUGUUUUUGGUUCAGCGAUGUAUUAAUUUGAUUUUUGUGUGAGCUCAAAAAUUAUUUAUGCAAUUGAACAA